AUGUCAACACAACGUUCUCAUGUUCCAAAGUUUGGCAAUUGGGAAGCUGAAAAUGAUGUUCCUUAUACAGUGUAUUUUGACAAAGCUCGGAAAACUCGACCUGGCACUAAAAUGAUCAAUCCGAAUGACCCUGAGGAAAAUUCAGAUUUAGAUCUUCAAAAUUCAUCUUCUGCUGAGGUAAUUCCUCCAAAACCAAGAGUUCACUCAGAGAAUAUAUCUGAAAAAGGAUCAGUGAGACCAGCACAUAAUGAGUUACAAAAGAACAAGGAGGACGGUGAUCUUAAGCAAUCUGUUAACUCGCCGGCUCGCCAAGAAAACUCAAACAGGAGUGCCGGCGAUUCCGUCCACCGUCCUGGAGUUGGUUCUGCUGAUAACCGCAGAAGACCUUCAAGACAAAGUACUGCUGGCUCGGAGUAUAGUGUCGAACGUUCACCUCUUCAUCGCCAGGCUAAAACCCCUGGCAGAGAUAGUCCUUCUUGGGAAGGAAAGAACUCCUAUGAGAACAGUCACGGUACACCAGGAAGAUCUCGACUGAGAUCAGUCAAUCAAGAGGAUGAAACUCCUGAUAAAAGUGCUACUGUUCCAAAGUUUGGUGAGUGGGAUGAGAAUGACCCUGCAUCAGCUGAUGGCUAUACUCACAUUUUCGACAAAGUGCGCAAGGAGAAACAAGACACAGCUGGAAAUGCACCAGGCACACCCAACGGGAGAUCGUAUGUUAUCCGAAACCAACCCGCAAAUGACAAAGCUCAGGGUUGCUGCUUUUUCUGGAGCAGAAAAUGA